AUCUUCUCUCUGUCUCUCUCCCUCGCCUCAGACUCUCAAGUGAAGUAAUUUAAUCUUUACAUGAUGGAUGGAAGUGCGAUGGAUGUUGUGAUAAAUGAUGAGAGGAAGCUCCCUUCCCUAUCCAGUGGAGAACGGUCUGUGGCCAGUGGAGAGCGGACUGUAGUUUUAGUUGGGCGUACCGGCAAUGGAAAAAGUGCCACCGGGAAUAGCAUUCUUGGAAGAAGGGCUUUUAAGUCCAGGGCUGGUUCAUCUAGUACUGUUACUAAAACUACUGAAUUGCAGAGAACUGAACUCAAAGAUGGCCAGAUCAUUAAUGUUAUUGAUACUCCUGGACUCUUUGAUUUUUCUGCUGAAUCUGAAUUUGUUGGGAAAGAAAUUGUCAAAUGUAUUAAAUUGGCCAAGGAUGGUAUCCAUGCAAUCCUUGUAGUUUUCUCAGUGACAAACCGUUUCUCAGAAGAAGAACAAGCUGCAGUACUUAGCUUGCAGUCUUUGUUUGGAAGAAAAAUUGUAGACUACAUGAUUGUAGUCUUCACCGGUGGGGAUGCACUUGAAGAAUAUGAGGAAACAUUGGAAGAGUACUUGGGUCGCGAAUGUCCAGAUCCUUUAAAGAAUAUUCUUGCUUUGUGUGAAAAUCGGCGAGUGCUUUUUGAUAACAAGACUAAGGAUGAAACCAAAAGAGCUAAACAGGUUGGAGAGCUUCUCUCCCUUGUUAACAGGGUCAUAGCGCAGAAUGGUGGACAACCAUACACAGAUAAAAUAUUUGCUGAAGUGAAGGAGGGGGCUAUGGAACAUCAUGAACAAGUGGAGGUUGAUUCCCUAAAGGGAUAUUCAAAACGAGAAGUUGCAGAGCUGAAGGAGCAAAUAGAAAGAUCAUAUGAAGAUCAACUGAAACAAAGUAGUGAGAUGCAUAAGUUGAAGCUCAUAGAGACAACUAGUAAGCUUGAAAAGCAAUUGGCGGAGAAGCAAGCUGCCCGAUUAAAGGCAGAAGAGAACACACAGGCAGCUCAAAUGAAAUCAAACGCUGAAAUUCGUAAGCUUAGAGAGAAUCUUGAGAAUGCGAAUAGGGAGAAGGAGAGGCUUCGUAAUCAAAGUGGAGGAGGUCGAAGAUUGUGUUCUAUUCUUUGAACAAUCUCAACUAUUUGUGAGCACAGUAUGUUCAGUCGCGUGAAGAACACAAAGAUUAUUUUAUCUUACCCUGAUGUCAAUAUGUUUAUAUUGCAAAUAUUUGUCGUCUUAGCUUGAAUAUAUUGUUAUACAAUAAAGUUAGAGGUACAAGCUGACAUGACAUUAGCAUGUGGGCCACGGUACUAAUCCGCCAAAC